UCUUGCAAGUUCCUCUUUUAAAGCUGGCAGUCGCGAAUGUUUCUGCUUGAUGUGUUCUGUGUACCGCUCCUGGGUGCGGGGACCUCAGGCAAGCCCAGAAGUUCCGACAUGGAUAUAGUGACCUAUGAUGAUGUGCAUGUGAACUUCACGUGGGAAGAGUGGGCUUUGCUGGAUCCUUCUCAGAAGGAUCUCUACAGAGAUGUGAUGCUGGAGACCUACAGGAAUCUCGCUGCUAUAGGCUACUAUUGGAAAGGCCAUAAUAUUUCUGAAGGACAUUUUCAAAAUUCUAGAAGAAACGGAAGGCAUGAAAGAAGUGAUACUGAAGAGAAACUUUCUGAAUUUACUCAAUAUGAUAAAGACUUUGCAUAUCAGAGCCAUCCUCAAAGGCAUGAAAGAAUUUAUUCUGGAGAGAAACCCUAUGAAGGUGUCCAAUAUUUUGAAGACUUUGCACAUCACAGUAGUCUCCAAAUACAGAGAAGAACACAUGUUGUAGAAAAACCCUAUGAGUGUAACCAAUGUGGCAAAGCCUUUGCAUACCACAGUUAUCUUCAAAGGCAUGAAAGAAGUCAUACAGGAGAGAAACCUUAUGAAUGUAAUCAAUGCGGUAAAGCCUUUGGACGGCACAGUCAUCUUCAGAGACAUGAAAGAAUUCAUACAGGAGAAAAAAGCUAUGACUGUAAUCAAUGUGGUAAAACAUUUGUACAUCACAGUCAUCUUCAAAUACAUAAAAGAACACAUAUUGGAGAGAAACCCUUUGAAUGUAACCAAUGUGGUAAAGCCUUUGCACGAAACAGUCAUCUCUUAAUACAUAAAAGAAUACAUACUGGAGAGAAACCCUAUGAAUGUAAGCAAUGUGGUAAAGCUUUUGCUUAUCAAAGUGGUCUCCUCUAUCAUAAAAGAAGAUAUACUGUAGAGAAACUCUAUGAGUGUAACCAAUGUGGUAAAGCCUUUGCAUGUCACAAUAGUCUCCAAGUACAUAAAAGAACACAUACUGGAGAGAAACCCUAUAAAUGUAAUCAGUGUGGAAAAGCCUUUGGACGCUACAGUUCUCUUCAAAGGCAUGAAAGAAUUCAUACAGGAGAGAAACCUUAUGAAUGUAAGCAAUGUGGUAAAGCCUUUGGACGUCACAGUUCUCUCCAAAGGCAUGAAAGAAUUCAUACAGGACAAAAACCUGAUGAAUGUAGUCAAUGUUGUAAAGACUGUGGAUGUUACAAUAGUCUCCAGAUACAUAAAAGACCACAUACUGGAGAGAAAUACUUUGAGUGUAACCAAUGUGGUAAAGGCUUUUCACAAAACUGUUAUCUUGAAAUACAUAAAAGAGCACAUACUGUAGAGAAACACUAUUAGUGUAACAAUGUGGUAAAGCUUUUGCAUAUCAUGGCCGUCUUUGAAUACAUAAAGUACCAUAUACUGCAGAGAAACCCUAUGAAUGUAAUCAAUAUGGUAAAGCCUUUGCAUGUCAGACAUGUUCAAAGGCAUGAAAGAAACCAUACUGUAGAGAAAUCCUGUGAGUGUAUUUAAUAUGGUGAAGCCUUUGCACAUUUCUAUAGUCUUCAUCAUCAUGAAAAAAAAUCCAUACUGGAUAGAAACCCUAUGAAUGUAUUUAAUGUGCUAAAGCCUUUUCACAUUUCAUAAGUCUUCAUCAUUGUGAAAUAAUUCAUACCAGAGAGAAAUGAAUAUAUUUAAUAUGGAGAAGUCUUUGUGUAUUUUAAUAGUCUUUAUUCUCGGGAAACUAUUCAUACUGGAGAGAAAUUCUGUGAGUGGGAGCCUUUGUUUUAUGGGGUCCGUUGAGAUCCAACAAAACUCAAACUCAGGUAAUGCAAGUGACAAGAACUUACUGUACUCAAGCUGCUACUGAUAGCUCAGGGCUACAGAACAUACUUGGAAACUGAACUGUGACAUGCUGCCGAACCACUUCCCGACCCAGAGCAGGAGUGGUACAGAGCUUUUAAGUUCCAAAACCAGAAAUAUCUGUGCCAAGUUAUAGCUCCAUUUUUUUUUUUCACCAGGAUUUAGGGAUCAGGGCUUUCCUUAUCUAGUUGAUCUAUGUUUACUGAAACAGUUUAACUAAUCAUAUCCAUUUAUUGUUUUGUGAUUAGGAACAGGCAUUAUGUUUUGAGGAACAAAAGAUAAAUAACAGAAGCCAUGGUUAGAGACAGUCAAUAUGAUUUCGUGAACAAAGAUGGACAAUAGAAGCUGGCCUGCUAUUGGGAAGGUCCCAGCUACUGCAGGGCCAGGGAACUUGAAUUAGGUGUACCAUAUGAUUAAAUGGAGGCUGAUAACAAAAAAAAAAAAAAAAAAAAAAAAAAUGGCGUACUUAGGACAAGUUUCUUUUACUUGUUUCCAACAGUUGCAUAUCACAGGCAUUUUUGAAUACUUGAAAGAAUAACAACAUUGUAGUGAAACUUCAAAUUGUUAUCAAUGUGAUAAAGCUGUUUUACAACACAGUUAUAUACAUUAGAGAACACAUACUGGAGAGAAAUCCUAUGAAGAUGCAAUGUGGUAAAUCCUUUGUGUGUAGUGCAGUAAUCUUUAAGGACCUUAAAGAACUGAUACUGAAAAGAAUCUGUGACUAAAGGAUUUGAUGAGGUCUGUAGCCAGCACCCUUGCAUUCAGUGCCAGGUGUAACAUGGCUGUGAAUAUGACUGCACAGCAGUUUCAGCUGUGGGAGCACCUUCAAUCCGAAUCACGUACCUCUGGCUUUCUAGUAUACAGAUGCCAUUGCUCUCAUCUGCUUGUCUGCCAUUGCAUUUUUCUAUACUAUAUUUGUCCUCAAAUACAAGUCUGGUAAAAAAUUUCUGGGAAAAGGAUUGACUAGAGAAGGAAAUGGCUCUGAUAUCUAUUAGGAACAAACUGUUCUAGCCCUGGCUAUUCAAGCAGUCAGCUCAGGCAUAAUGGCCCAAGGGGUUCUAUGGAGAUUGACUGACUUAAUUGUUCUAUGAGACAUUUUUGCCAAGUCAUAAGGAAAUAUUUGAAGCAGGAAAUGUUUUUGAGAAACUUGAAGUUUUAAUAGUUAAAUGAAGACCCCCCCCCUCCCCCAAGGAAAAGGAACAUGGGGCUUGGGUCACUAAGAGCAGGGAUGGCUAUAGAAAACACAAUGAACAAGAUAGAGGAAGAAAUAGCUGGGUCUACUGGUUAAGGAAGCAAUGGUGAGAGUCCCCAUGAGAGGAGAUCUCUGAUAAUAGGUUUCAUUUAGAAAUAUUAUUGGGGAAAAUUGGAAGAUAUAUAGUACAAAAUAUAAAAGGAUGGGUAUAAGUGUUUAGACCCCACAAGUAUUGAACAAUACUAGGUUACUAUUGAACAAGACUAACUCAGUUACUGGUCCUGCCAGAACUGCUUCUAUUACAUAUAGUCAGCUGCUCUUUGUUUUUAAAUUAACUUGCUUAUUUAUUUAAGCUGUUACUAUCAAUCACUGCCAUUUAGCAUACAAAAUCAGGUCUAAGAAAUUUCUGUCAGCUCACAGAAAUUGGAUUAGGCCAUUGGAUUAGUGAAUUGACCUUCCUGGAAAGAUUGGAUCAUUUAACCCUCUGGCAUCGCCUACCUAAAGGGAACUAGGGUAUACAUUCUAAGAGAAUUUGAGCUUCUGAAGGAGCUCUUCAAGAAGCUGUAAAAGAAGUUAAUAUUGCAUGUGGAAAAUAAUUAGAAAAACACUGUAGAAAUAGAUAUUUGGAGGAGUUCAGUAAAUUGGAGGAAGAGAUUCUGCAGUUAGACAAGCUAAAAACACGAACAUUAUCCUGACCUGUUUAGCACCUCUCUGUUUGCAUUCUAAUUCUGUAACUACAAGUUUAUGCCCAGAUGGUCUGUGAUGUGGAGGUUCUUCUGAGAGUUAAAAGUUAAUGGAUAACUUGCUUUUGCAGACACUGAACUGUAAAUUUAUGUGUGCUUUGUGCUUUCUGGUGACAUAGUGACGUGAGGGUUUGCAGGAAAAAUAAUGGAUUUGACGAAAAUAAUGAAAAGUCUUUUGCUUAUGUAUUACUGUAUAACAAGGAAGUGUGUAACCAAUAAAAGACUGAGGUGAACUCAGAGAAAGAACCUUCAAGCUGUCUCCGAGCACAGCUUCAGAACAGCAAUGAGUUGCCUGUCAGUGUGCACCUGC